AUGAACGAGAAAAGUGUGACGAGCUCAUGUUCUCUCGCUUGGGAGAAUCUGAAAGUACAGACGAAAAAAGGUCUCCCGAUUCUGAAAGAUUUGACUGGAGAACUCCCGGCAGGAAGCUUGACCGCCAUCCUUGGCAGAUCCGGGUGCGGGAAAACGACGUUGAUGAAUGUUCUUACUUGCAACAAUCACGACUUGGAGGCGACAGGGAAUAUUUACCUAAAUCGAGUGCCGGUGGGGUCGGCGAUUUCGAAUGUGUCGGCUUAUGUGAGGCAGGAAGACUUGUUUGUUGGGGAAUUGACGGUGUUGGAACACUUGAAUUUUCGAGCGAGGAUUCAGUUUUCCGAUUUGGAGCAGGAAGAAAGGGAUAGGAGGAUACAGAAAAGUCUGCGGGACUUUGAGCUGAAGGAAGUGGAGCACACGCAAAUCGGGAUUCCGGAUUUGAAAAAGACUCUUUCGGGUGGAGAACGAAAAAGAUUGAGUCUCGCAUCAGAGAUUCUAUCAGAUCCAAAGAUUCUCUUCUGCGAUGAACCGACGACAGGAUUGGACUCGACGAUGGCGAUGAAGGUGAUCGAGGUGUUGGUGAAUCUGUCCAAGAAGGGGAUGACGAUAGUGUGCUCAAUACAUCAACCCUCUUCGAAAAUUAUUUCAAUGUUUAGUCAUCUGAUUUUGAUGGCGAAAGGCGAGUUUGCGUAUUUUGGAAAAUAUGUCGACUCAAUUUCUUUUGUGGAAAAGUUGAACCGCCCGGUACCGCCCUUAUACAAUCCGGCUGAUCACUUUUUAGAUAUCCUCGAUCCAAACAAUGCUGAAAAUGAAGAUUUCAUUUCCUCAGCUGUAGAUCUUCAAAGAUCAAAAAUUAAACUGUCAAUCAAAAAUGACGAGAAAUUAGACAAUCUAGACUAUUUAAAUUUACGGCCAAUCAACGAAGUCGGCCGCAUAUCUCAAACUUGUAUUUUAAUUCGUCGCCAACUGGCUCGUAUGAUCCGGGACCCGCUCGCCGUCAAGGCCAAGCUUUGCGAAUGUAUCUUCAUCGCGAUUUGGUAUGGAAUGCUUUACUGGCGUAGGGACAAUGCCUGGUCCAAUGAGACAUUUCAAUAUUCUUGGGCGCAGAUUAGAGAUGUAAAUGGAUCCCUGCUUGUUUCGCUUCUUUUCGUGUCAAUUUUAUUCAUGGUCAUGGUCGCCCUCCGAUUCAUGGUCCAGUGGCCACUUCUUCAACGAGAAGUUUCCGACAAAAUCUAUAGGUUUUCAUCAUUUUUCAUCGCCGACAACAUCGUUACUUCUUUCUUCGCAAUCGUGCUUCCCUUUCUGUAUUCAAUCAUCGCCUAUCCGCUUUUCGGCCUUCAGAAGUCUUUCAUGAAAUGGCUGACUUUCUACUUCGUCUUGGUUUUGGAAAGUCAUGUUUGUCUUGGAGUUGGAUACUGUGUAAGCUCCUUUUCGCCAAACAUCGACUUCACCAUUGCCCUCCUCCCCGCCGCCAUCGUCCCUUUGAUCGUCUUUUGCGGCUAUCUUUUGGAUACAUCAGCAACUCCACCAUAUGCCGGCUUUCUGAAGCACUUGUCCUGGUACGGGUAA